GGAGAUGAAGGAGCAGAGGAACUGAGGACUUCCUGAUGGUAGAAGAUGUGAGGAGACGUGUAUCAAGAAGUCUGGUUGUGAUCAUAGUCCUCGAUCAGCUGACACCAUCAGGAUCUAUGGUCCAUGAUCACAUACUCUUAGCAUGAUUUAGCAUGUUAGCUGCUCUGAAGUGAUCUUUUACUUCCUCCUCCACUCAUCAUAGUACUUCCUCUUUCUACCUGCAGAUUCUUCAACUUAAACAAACGGAUCUCGGAUCAAUACAUCAGCUGUUCCCUUAUACAGUCGAUCACUGAUUCAUCAAUUAAUCUAUUCCAAUAAUCAAUGUCAUUUAUAUAGCAACGUGUGUGUUUAGUUUGUUUUUACUCAGAAACUGAUUUUGAUCUGUAGACGUCACCUACAUCAAUCAAUCAAUCAGCUGUCAGAUUAUUAUUGAUGAAGGCCUCUGAUUGGUCUAGACACCUGAGGAGAAGCGGAUCUGGUGUAAAGGUCAGAGGUCACAGAGACGCUGAUCAGCUAACAUGCUAACGCUGCGGUGUUACCUGGCGCAUCUGGAGCGGCUAACUGCUAACUGCUGCUGUGUUUCCGGUGGUGAAACUUUCUCUUCCUGUUGUUUUUUCACGUCACAGUUAUAAACCUUCUCCAGUGAAUCCGCUCAGAGUGAGACCUCCUGUGUUCCUCCUCUCUCUGGGACUCUGUGACCGACGGACGGAGCCUCGGCCGCUCUCACAUCGAAGCUGAUCAAUCGAUACCGGAUCGAUCGACUGUGACGUCGCGGUCUAUCAGAACCGGCGCGUGGUCUGCAGCGAGUGAUGACAUCAUUGCGUGAGAGUCCCGAUCCUUCCCUCGUCAUCUGAUCGAUCAUUUAUCAGGUACCCCAGGUGCUCCUGGUGCCCCCAGUUCUCCUGGUCCCAUCCAGGAUGCUGCCAGCCUCCAUCCAGAUCACAGGGGAGCAGCUAUCAGCGGCCGAGGUUCAGGACAUCUGCGAGAGUCUGAAGGAGGACAGCGUUCGGCUGCUGUCCAUCCGAGGCUGCCAGCUCUCUGAUCGCGACUUUGGACGAAUCUGUCGCAGCGUUGCCGAGUCACGCUCGCUCGCUCAGCUCAACCUUAACCUGGGCGUGGUCUCCAGCAUCAGCAGAACUCGACACCUGUCUGACGCCAUGAGCACCAACCGAUCCCUGCAGACCCUAUUUCUCCAUGGCAGCCCGCUCUUGGACGCUGGCCUGGUGACCCUGAACUUGGCGCUGUCGACCCACCCGGCCCUGGUCUGUCUGGAUCUAGGAGACUGCAUGCUCGGAGAUGAGGCGCUGGGUCUGAUCUGCGGGAUGCUGCCCCCUGAUGGAGCAAAGUCAGGCCUGAGGGAAUUGACGCUCAGCGCUAACGCAGGAAUCAGCUCCAAAGGUUGGGCUCGACUCAGCAUCGCUGUGGCCCACAGCUCUCAGCUCCGAGUCCUCAACCUGGACUACAACCUGCUGGGUGAUCAGAUCGCAGGGAUGUUGGCGGUUGCUGUGGCGUCCAGCAGAACCCUGGAGGUGUUGGACCUGGAGGGAACCGGACUGACCAACCAAUCAGCACAGGUCUUCCUCGACAUGGUGGAGAACUACCCGACCUGCCUGCGGGUUCUGGUUCUGGCUGAGAACGACAUCAGUGCGGAGCUGCAGCAGCAGAUCUGCGACCUCCUCUCUGAGGGAGAUGAUGACAGAGAGGCCCCGCCCCUCGUAAUAGGCGCCAACCCUAGCAGUGACCUGCUGUCAAUCAGAGACAAGUACCAACCAAUCAGAGACAAGUACCAGCCCGCCGCCUGGCUCCCCCACAGCAACUCCAGCCCACAGACGGUCCUCCUGACAUCAGGUCUAGGUGAGAGCUUAUUGGACGAGACUGAGAUGUGACCCCUCCCACAAACACACCCACUUACUGUUUUCACUUGAUUUGAUUGGUUUGUAGUUUUGGGGUUUGAAUGUUUGUUUCUGCACUGCACUUCCCUGGGUUGUCGGAUCACAUGAUCACUGGCAGCCAAUCACAUGCCACUGCAUGGUUUGAUGUAGCACCUGUACGUAGACAAGCAGCGGCACCAAACCUCAACGCACCAAAUGACUUCACCUGUGAUCAGGCUCCGCCCACAAACGCUACCUGCGGGAACUCAGGCUAAAAGAUCCUCCAGCUCCACCUUGUGGAGAACAGUUAUUUGUUCUCAGGGCUGAUGGGAAAUGUAGUCCAUGCAGAGCCUGAACCUUCAGGAUGUUUGUUUAAAAGAACGAUUAAUGGUCUAAACAGCUGACUGAAAUUAAAUAUGAAGUUUGACUGUUUAAAGUUAAAAAGACGACGAUGCUCAUCAGUGUCUUUGAUGAAGAUUUUGUCACCUGGAGUUUCUGCAGGUAAACGGAAACCGAGUGUUUCUGAUGAAUGUAUUUUCUGUUUGUUUGUUCUGCUGCUCAACGACGUCACAAUAAUAAAACUGUUUACAGCUUCGUAAGAAA